ACUUAGUCACCCAUCCCAUCAUCAUUCAUCCCCUACCUCAAAACCCUCCUAUCUAUGUACCUUUAUUGUCCAAACAAAAACAAAAAAUAGUCUUCAAUGACUCCAACAAGAGAUAUAUGCAUAUACAUAUAUAUAUAUAUAUACACAAUUAAUUAAGAAAUAGUUAGUAUUCUUUUGUUUCUUUCUUUAUAUUGGAAAAUCAUCUUCACAGUUAAGUUAGUUCACCCAAAGGAGGCGGAAGCUGAAGGAUAACUUUGCUAACGCGAAGUGGAUGGAGGCGGAGGAAGGUGGAGAGCCAAGGCUGCCGCUAUCGGUGGUGGUUUCUGAUUGCAUAAAGCGGUGGUUUCAAGACACGCUUAAGGAGGCAAGAACUGGUGAUAUCAACAUGCAGGUCCUUGUGGCCCAGAUGUACUAUAGUGGCUAUGGCGUUGCCAGAGAUGCUAACAAGGGAAGAAUUUGGAUAACAAAGGCGUCAAGAAUGAGGUCUUCAGUGUGGAAAGUUAGCAAUAAACGUCCUGGUUAUAAUGCGAGUGAUUCAGAUUCAGAUGAGAUGGCCGGUGAUUCUUGAGUUAGAUGCAUUGUAAUAGAAGUCUGAACUUUUUGCAGGGUCCUGAAGUGAGUUGGUGAUGGUCUCCUGCCUGGCGAGAUGAGAAUUCAUGGCUGCUAAAUUUAUAUUAUAUUAUUGGAUGGUAUUAGGAUGCAAGUGUAUAUGUAGUGAUUUGUGAUAUAUGGACUGACAGUUGUGGAUUAAGAUGUUGUGAUCAUAUUGGCAGGAUUUAUUAUUUGUUUUAAUCAGAAAAAUUAAGAUGUAGUGAA